AUGGUAGAAGGAAAUUAUUCCACAGUGACUGAGUUUAUCCUUGCUGGGCUAACAGACAAAAUAGAGCUCCAGCUGCCUCUUUUCCUCCUCUUCCUGGGAAUCUAUGUGGUCACAGUGGUCGGCAACCUGGGAAUGAUCACACUGAUUGGGCUCAGUUCUCACCUGCACACCCCCAUGUACUAUUUCCUUAGCAGUCUGUCCUUCAUUGAUCUCUGCCAUUCCUCUGUCGUUACCCCAAAAAUGCUGGUGAACUUUGUGUCAGAGAGGAAUGUUAUGUCCUAUGCAGCAUGCAUGACUCAGCUCUACUUCUUCCUUGUUCUUGUCAUAUCAGAAUGUCACAUGUUGGCUGCAAUGGCUUACGACCGCUACGUUGCCAUAUGUAACCCACUGCUUUACAAUGUUGCCAUGUCUUAUCAGGUCUGCUCCUGGAUGGUAGUUGGGGUGUAUUUCAUGGGUUUGGUUGGUGCCACAGCUCACACAGUCUGCAUGCAAAGAGUGCUUUUCUGUUACGCUGAUGUAAUCAACCAUUUCUUCUGUGACCUUUUCCCACUCCUGGGGCUCUCCUGCUCCAGUACUUCUAUCAAUUAAAUAGUAGUUUUGUGCUUCGGUGCAUUUAAUAUCCUUUUCCCCAGCCUCACCAUCCUUAGCUCUUAUAUCUUCAUCAUUGCCAGCAUUCUCCAUAUUCGCUCCACUGGGGGCAGGUCUGAGGCCUUCAGCACUUGCAGCUCCCACAUCUCAGCUGUUGCUGUCUUCUUUGGGUCUGCAGCAUUCAUGUAUCUGCAGCCAUCAUCUGUCAGCUCCAUGGGCCAGGGGAAAGUGUCAUCUGUGUUUUGUACUACUGUUGUGCCCAUGCUGAACCCCCUUAUCUACAGCCUGAGGAAUAAAGAUGUCAAAGUUGCCUUAAAUAAGUUCCUUGAAAAAAGACGUUUCUUGUAA